GAACCGACCCACUACGCCUGGGACUGGAGUAAUUCUCCACACCUGGAGUAGAACAGACUCUCUACUCUUGGAAGAUGACUACUUCGUCUACCUCCGCCCGCCGCGAGACGCCGGAAGUCAUCCCGCAGCCAGAAGAGAAAGAGACAUUACGGCAACUAAAGGCCACGGGAAAGUUAGUAGCAGUGCUUGUUAUACUCAGUUAUAUGUAUGGAGACCUGACCGUGGCCCGCCAGUUGACUCCAGACCCACGUCAGCACUCAUGGCUCCUCAUGAGUUCUCCUCUACCCACUAUCCUCGCAUGUCUCCUGUACGUGGGGACCGUCACCUGGUGGGGACCUCAGUACAUGAGCACCAGGAAGCCUUUCGCCAGGCUCAGGAACGUCAUGAUGGCUUACAACGUCUUCCAAGUCAUAUUUUCUGCUCGCAUCUUCUGGGAGGCUGGUAUGGGCGGCUGGUUCGGUAGCUACUCCAUCUUAUGCCAGAGAUGUGAUUUCUCCGACAACCCUCAAGCGGUCAGGAUGGUGCACGCUGGAUACUGGUAUCUGUUUUCCAAGUUCGUGGACUUUAUUGACACGGUGUUUUUCGUGCUGCAUAAGAAGAACAAACACGUAUCUCUGCUCCAUGUAUGUCAUCACGCACUAAUGCCAGUGUGUAUGUGGUAUGGGAUCAGAUAUUAUUCCGGCGGCCACACAACACUGACGUUCCUGCUCAACUCCUUCGUUCACGUCGUGAUGUAUCUCUACUACUUGCUGGCUGCCAUGGGGCCUCGCCUGCGUCCCUUCCUCUGGUGGAAGAAGUACCUAACUACCCUCCAGAUUGUCCAGUUCACUGUCGUCAUUAUCCAGAACUUGAUGGUAAUGUUUGUGGAGUGUGCCAUCCCAUCGGUGUUGCUGGCCUGGGUGAGCGGCAUGGCUCUCCUCUUCUUCGUCCUCUUCACUGACUUCUACAUCAGAGAGUACAGGAAGCGUAUCAAACAUCAGGAUAAAAUGAAGGGAGGACCCAUUGACCUAUCAGUGUCAUGCCUGAACUUAACCAAAACUGGAAUUUCGAAAAGCCCCAAACACCUUCCACAGAAUGAUGCAUCCCACCGUCUCUGCAGCGGUGCAACAAAUUUGCUGGUUAGCGAAAUGGCGGUCCAUGUCUCCAACAGUACGAGCUUUUCGGGCAAGACAUCUCUCAAGAAGAGGGACGACGUUCCGAAUGUGUUAACGAGAGAAAAGGAGGACGGGACAUCAAGACGGAGUCGUACUGCUCAAACGGCUCAGGUCGUGCCUCCGGAACGACUCUUAACCCCAUCAGCUGUUUUCUCCACCUAAUUAUAGAUACAUAAACAAGUGCUUUUUAUAAAUAUAAACAUGUUUCAUUAACUAUACAAAUCUAAAUAUAUGUUAUUUACUAUUAAAAAUCCUUCUGUGAUUGUGAUAAUUUGUAAUGAAUGUUUUUUUUUAU